UGCAUAUUUCUCGGAGUUUUUGCAGCUCAGUUACAACUAAUGUGUGUCACGCAUUAUUAUGUCAUUGUUGUGCUCACGUGUUGCACAGUCCCAGUAAAGUUGUGUUAAAUGAGCACAAACGAACACAGGACUGGGGGCGGAGGGUACCGGGUACCGGGGCCCUGGGGCUGCCAGAGAAACCCCCACAUGCUCUGGUCGAACUCCCGGGUUCCGGUUCUCUUCAUGUCAGUAACGUGAAGCAGCUUUUCGAUCCUCUGAUGCUUUACACUUUACAGCUGGAGACCAAUUCUGCACUGCAGCAAAUUCACCGUAAUGAUCUUUAUUUGUCAUCCGUUCAUUCUGAUCGUCGCCAUCUUCAUCCUCCUCAUCACUGUCAGUCAACAUCAUCCUCCUCCUCCAGGACCCUCCUCCUCUUUUCUCCUCAUCCACUCGAUCAACAAAAUGGCUGUCGGAGCGGUUUCUAUUGCGCAUGCUCAGCACACCUCUGGCAGGGAGGGCAGGGCAGGUAUCUGUGUGCAGCCUGUAGUCUGACGCGCACUCCCGGCUCGGCUCAGACUCCAGCAUGUGGCGGCACACAGCGUGAGGAGACACCGACUACUCAGCGCCCCGCAGCCCUCCGCCCUCUGCUCAUACCCGGCUGCUGCUCGGAGGAGCUGCGCUGCACUUUGACAGGAGUUUGUCUGGUUUUCAUCCUGCACGAAGUGGCCGCAGCGGAGCCGACAGCGGGCAGAGACACCGCCCCGGACACAGGUGAGAGGAAACUUCAUCGGCUGCCAGGUGCACAAAUCAGGAUCUGCGCACACGCGGACUCGUGGAGAGUUAUGGCUCUCCGGGGGAAGCUGCGAGUCUGAGCUCCCCGAGCCCGAGGAACUGGACUCACUGGACGCUGACUGGUUCACAUCUCCACCAUCUUCCUCGUCACUCGGCUCCAGGUGCUUACAAUGUUCCAGCACAGCAACAAGAAAUGCUUCACCAUAGAGUCUCUGGUCGGGAAGGAGGCGAACAGCAGCGGCGGCUCCGGGGACGAGCCCAUUCGGCCAACAGCGCUCAGGUUCCCGGAGUCCCUGCACCCCGCCGCCGCCGGGGUCUUCGGCUCUUGCUUCCAAGGGAGCAGCGGGAGGACGUUGUACUCGGCCGGGACGGACAUGGUGCUCCAAGAGCCCGGGACGCACACGCAGAGCCCCGGGGGCGUGCUGCGGAGCCGCUACCUGGGACACCGCUUCCAAGGGGAGGACAGCAGUCCAGAGAACCUGCUGCUUCAUGGUCCGUUCUCUAGGAAACCUAAAAGGAUCCGGACGGCGUUCUCUCCCUCUCAGCUGCUGCGUCUGGAACGAGCCUUCGAGAAAAAUCACUACGUGGUCGGAGCUGAGAGAAAACAGCUGGCCAGCGGGUUGUGUCUGACUGAGACGCAGGUGAAGGUGUGGUUUCAGAACCGCCGGACGAAGCACAAGCGUCAGAAGUUGGAGGAAGAGUCUCCUGAAGCUCAGCAGAAGAGGAAGGGCAGUCAGCACGUCAGCCGCUGGAGAGCAGCAACGCAGCAGGCUGGAGGAGAGGACGUGGACGUCAUCAGCGAGGACUAGCCUGCAGGAGACACACAGCUGUCGAUACACAAUAACACACACAUAGAGUUGUACUGGUACAGAUGCCUGAAUGACAUCAAAGGUGCGUUCAGAUGCCUUUUUAAGUUUAAACAAGGAAAGAACGUCAGGAAUCAAACUCUUGGCUAACGCUGCUAACAGGAGCUGCAGCUCGACUCAUCCAUCUUUAUAUGCUUAGUGACUUACAGCAACUUUGAAGAUGCAUGACAAAAAGAAACACAAUAAUACAACUUACAUGCGGAUCACGUGGACUAAACCAGGCAGCUGUAAAACAUUAAUCCCAGUAAAAUGAACCAGGGUAAAGCACUAAGCUGAGCUUGUUGUAGGAUAAUUAUAAGAAGUGAACUGUGUGCAUUAAAACACCAGAAGCAGCUUCAUCAAAUAGUGUUGCUUUGUCAGACAAGUCAAGACCACAUCAUUCACCAGAAAACAAUAAAACAACAAGCAGUGUAACAGGCAGACACUGAACGCACCAUGAGGCCAACUUCAGCUCUCAGUACCAACAAUGUAAAGCAAUAGAACUGAGCUGUAAUUAAUUUGUAAAGCAAGAUUUGGGAACCUUUCAAUUCAUGAAGGGAAGGUGAAAUCUGUAGCUCUGAGUGAGCAGGAGGCCUCCGGUGUCCACAGCUGCUCACUCUUUAGCUUGGCAUUAAUUCAGGUUCAGUUUGCUCAUGUUAACCUGGGAGUGGGCAGCUCCCAGUGAACUCCAUGACAGUUUUCGGAGCCAGGUUCUGUAGCGAUCAGGAUCAGCUGUCUGCGCUCGUAUCUGAAUUUACAAUUUGAUUACAGCUCAUGUUUCUUUUCUGCUUUGUCACAGACUGAAGAUGCAAUAAUCUGUUGAAAUGUCCCACAAAAUGCAACUAAAUUUGUAAGUGUAAAACAUAAUUAUAGUAACUGAGUUGAUAUUUGUUGUGUUUUGACAUUUGGACAGUUUAUUACAUUCAGAUGGCAGAGUAAACACACACACACACACACACACACACACACAGCAGUACAUGAUAAAAAACAGAAGUGGACAGCUCACCUUUCUGAGGACUGAUGACGUCCCUGAAGGCAUCACCGCUCUUGCACACAACAGGAAGUCACAGGGACAGCUCUACUGUUAUGGACAGGAUGAAAAGACAGCCAUGAGGGACGGGCUUUAAAAAAACAAAAACAAACUGCCACUUCCUGUUGGAGCUGGACUGAAGAAGACAUGAUGCUCGCAAGAGUCAAAUUUAAAAAAGU